GUGCGAUGUAUUUAUAGCCAUUAGUCUAGGUAUUACAAAGUACACGAAGUUUGGAUGGCUUUGAUAGGCUGGUAUGGGUGAUCUUUGCAUGUUAUGGAACGUUUUCAUGCGACUAUGGGAAUAGCCAGUCUUACCAACAUUGUUUUAUGAAGUAUAACAUAUUCUAAGCCCCCUAUGUACUACUGUGAUUGAAUAUUCGUGUAGUAUUUAUAAAGUCUAGAUUUACAAACUGAACUGACGAAUAGGUGACUACAUCUUUCCUUUUUCCCACAAUAGCCAGGCAAGAAGAGCCUCCCAGGUACGUCCAGUAUGUCACGAUUGAUUGAUCAACUCCCGGCACCUAAGGAGGUGAAGGAGAAGAAGGUCAUUGUCCUCAGUCGCAGCCGUGUUGGGACCUUCUCACUUUACCAAGCCUUGAAGAUGCUUGGCUACAAGAGUUAUCAUCAGGCCGAGGCGGUGGAGAGAGGCAUCCCUCACAUGUCAUUGUUUGAGGAGGCGUUGAGAUGCAAGUAUCUAGAUGGGGGCAAGCCAUAUGACAAGGCCGAUUUCGACAAGUGGCUCGCCGAUUAUGAUGCGCUGGUAGAGAUACCCCAGUAUUUUGUUGAGGAAUUCAUCGAGUUCUAUCCCAAUGCGCUAUUCAUUCUCACGGAACGUAAUCUUGAGUCUUGGACCAAGUCGGUGAAAAACACAGCGGUGCCUAUGUUCAUAUCGCUGAGAAGCUUCCCCUUCACGGCGAUUCGCAGAAUGGACUCUUUCGUUGACAUUUUCUGUUCGCUGCAUGUGACCCUCGAGAAGGUAUACUUUCAUAACAAGACGUGUCAAAGCGAGGAGGGCAUCAAAUUGUCAGAACGCGAUACGGUGGAACAGGCCAAAAGAGCGAAGGCAUUGGUACCUCCCGAUCGGCUGCUGGUAGCGAAAUUAGAAGACGGGUUCGGAUGGGAACAGCUCUGCCCGUUCCUCGGCCACCCGAUCCCGGAGGCACGCUACCCGAGGGGGAAUGCACCGCAGGAAUUCCAGAAAAUGGCUGAUGAUCUUCUGGUGCCGCGGGUUCGCAAGGCUGGCCUAACGGCACUCUCUGCGGUCCUGAUUCCCGCGCUGAGCAUUGGAGCUUGGUAUUAUUUGAAAGUGGUGAGACGACACUGAUUUCGACCUGAUGGCUCCUACUAUUUCGCAUUUACUCCAUUUCCAUCUGGAUGGAUUAGCUCCCUUUAAAGCCCGAUGUGGGCAAAGAACGAAGAAUGUAGCCAGGGGCAGUAAGAACAUAGUGCCAUAGCAUAACGUCCUCAAAAUAAGAUUCUGGUGCAUGCGCGCCUUGUAUUCACAGAUAUCGAUGUAUGCAGUAUUGGGAGCCUCUAGGUUUAGGUACCUACAGUACAUAUGUACCUAGGUAGGUACUCAGUACUAGUAGC